CUGGAAUCUCUGUUUGUUUGUUUUGUGUGUGUGUGUGUGUGUGUGAUAAUUGAUCAAAUGGAUUGAUUUGGACGGAUGGAUGGUUUUUAUUAAAUUUCAAUCCAUAUUGUGCGAUAGGAAAUUGAUCAACAUCAUGGAUGGCUUAUUGCCAUCAUCAACGACAACAACCAAUGGAAAUACGAAAGUGAUUAACAGUUUCUUUCCAAAUCCUGUAACGACAACAAAUCGAGAUUAUCUUAAUUCAACUAUAUCACAAGCACAAGCAGUUGAUUAUUUUGGUCUUGAUCAUCAAUCAACAGCCGGAUUACAGCAACAACCGGAUGUUACACAUUCGAAUAAUUAUGCAGCGGUAGUUGCGGCAGCUGCCGCUGCAGCAGCAGCAACAGCUUCAGCAUCGAUGCCUUCAGAAUCAUCUCAUCAUCAUUAUGGUUCGACACCAUAUGUGACAACAAUGGCUGCCGAUAAUGUGAUUGCCGCAUUCUAUGACCAUCAUCAUCAUCAACAACAACAACAACAGCACCAACAACAACAACAUCAUCAUCAUCAUCACCAUCAGCAGCAGCAGCAACAACAACAGCAUCAAGCUGCACACGUAAUCACUUCACGUUUAUCUCAAUUAAAUAUUGAUUCAACUAAUGUGACAACACAAGCACAAAUACAAAAAUCUGUUCAAUAUCCGAAUCAUGAUCUAAAUUCUUCAUCUUCAUCAUCAUCGAUGUUACAACAUCAACAACAACAUAAUUCGACUACAACAAAGCCACCGCCAUCAUCUUUAUUAUCAUCAACAUCAACUACGACCACUGCAGCCAUAAUUACUUCACAACAACAACAACAGCCACAACAAAUUGUUGAUAAUUCGAAUGCAUCAUUUUUUAUUGCCGAUUCAAUACGUGAAGAAUUGACACGAAGGAUGGCUAAAACUCAGGAAAUGGUCUCUGAAACGACAAAUAUCGAAAUACCAGCCAAAGUUGAUGUGUUCAUUGAUUUGAUACAAAUCGAACCAUUAUCUGGAGCCAGUUCAUUUACAUUCAACGGUAUGAUAUCAACUGUUUAUCGUGGAACAAAUAGCGAAACUGGUCAGUUGUUUUGUUUACGAAGGUUUCAUGCAUUUCAACCGAAUACAGCCAAUGCUAAAUUGUUGAUGGGCACAAUAGAAUCAUGGAAAAGGAUCCAACAUCCAAAUAUAAUAGCAUUACGGCAGGUUUUCACUACAAAAGCUUUUGGUGACAGUUCUGUGAUAUUUGUCUAUGAUUAUCAUCCACUCUCCACAACUAUCAUGUCCUGUUAUUUUUCCAAUCAAUUAAAUUCUCUUGGAGGUGGCCAUUCAACAACAAUGACAAUGAAUGGUUAUUCAACAUCAUCACGACCAUAUAGUCAACAGCAGCAGAAUACUCGAAAAUUUUUACCUGAACAAACCAUAUGGAAUUUUAUCAUACAAAUAUCAUCGGCGUUAAGAACAAUCCAUCAAUCUAAUCUAGCAUUUCGAUCAUUAGAUCCUACGAAAAUUCUCAUUACAAGUGGUUUGAAUGGUACCCAUUCAAGUGCCAAUCGUGGUCGUGAUGCUCGUGUUAAACUUAGUUUCUGUGGUGUAACCGAUAUUCUUACAUUGGAUACAAUCCAUCCUUCUACUAAUCAUAGAGCAUUCAUACAACAUUUACAACAAGAGGAUCUAAUCCUAUUUGGUCGGCUUUGUUUAGCCAUUGCAUCAAAUUCAUUAACAGCAUUCACCGCCCUACAACGUGAUCAUCAUAGUAAUCUUCAAGAAUAUCUUGAUUCUAUGCCUCGUUCAUAUUCGAAUGACUUAAGAAAUUUGAUCAUGUAUUUAAUAUCAUUUAAAACAAAUUCAGCAAAUAAGCCACGAUCUAUUGAUGAUAUAAUGCCAAUGAUUGGCGCACGUUUCUAUAUGCAGCUUGAUUAUUUCUAUCUUAGAUAUGAUUAUCUUUAUGAUGAACUAGCCAAAGAAGUUGAUAAUGGUAGGUUAUUACGUUUAUUAUCCAAAUUAGGAACAAUCAAUGAACGUCCUGAACAUCAACUUGAUCCUACUUGGUCGGAAACUGGUGAUCGUUAUAUGUUGAAAUUAUUUCGCGAUUAUCUAUUCCAUCAAUGCGAUGAAGCUGGUAAACCAUGGCUUGAUCUUGGUCAUAUCAUAUCAAAUUUAAAUAAAUUCGAUAUAGGAUCCCCUGAAAAGAUUUGCCUAAUUUCACGUGAUGCACAGAAUGUAAUUAUUGUUUCAUUUGAAGAAUUGAAACGUUGUUUCGAAGCAGCAAUCAAUGAUUUAAUGCAAUGAUGAUGAUGAGAAAAAAAAAUGCCAAAGCAACUAGAAAAAAUGCGGAAAUUUUUUUUUGCUUAGCCAAUAUUGCUUUUGACUAUACACGAAUCAUCAUUAGGUUUGUAUUGAGAAAGAAAAAAAAGGAUAAAACGUUCCUAAUUGUUUUUUUUUUGAAACCAUUUUUUCCUGACAGCCACCUGAAAAUUCUUUUUAUCAUGAAUAAAAAUAUCACCAACAAUUCGAACAAACAAUAAAAUGUGCAUUCGGGCAAAUAAACAAACAAACAAACAAAAAAAAUCCAUAUCCAAACCCAAACUAUAUAAAUAAUUGAUAGAGACCAACCAACAAACACACCACACCACACACAUACAUACAUUGGUAACCAGAAUGUUACGCCUAUAACCUGAUAUAUGGUUACCAUAUAUGGAUAAAAAAAAGAUACAAAUGAUGGAAACAAAAUCGGAUAUCCGGAAAAGUAAAAAUAAAAAAAAAAUUAUGAAUAAUUCACAUUAACACAAACAUACAAAUCCAUUAAGAAAAACUCGACAUUAUUUGUAUUUGACUAUAUAAAAUUUUAUCAUCAUCAAUCUUAUAUAUUUCAAUAUAUUCAUCAAAAAAAAAAAAAAAAAAUCGUUAUAAAUAUUUUUUUAUAUUUACCACCACCACCACCAUUACAACAUCUCGUCAUCCCUGUCAACCAUUAUUAUUAUCCGCCCAUAUGAAUUUGGUGAAGAAAAAGGAAAAAAAACAAAAUACAUCAUUGACCAUCUCAUUGAAUGUUUUUUUUUCUCCUCUAUUAUUAUUAUUUUGGUCAAUUUUCUUCUUUUUUUUUUUUGCUUAUGCGGUCAUCGUAUAUGUAGUAUUAAAAAAAAAUGGUGAAAAUUGCUGAAAUGAAAUUUUAUUAUUAUUAAUUAAUUAUUAUUAUUUUUGCUAAUAAAAUUUGGAAUUGGAUACAUUAA